UUACAAUUGUCGACAACUUCUCUUCUCUCUUCCAAACCUCUUUUUCGUCCAUUUUCGUUCGGCUAAUCGAGCGUCUACGUUGCUGUGAUAAACAAAAUUGUAAAUCGCAGACAUGGUUCGUAUGAACGUGCUCAGUGAUGCCUUAAAAUCUAUUAACAAUGCUGAAAAACGUGGAAAAAGACAGGUCCUGUUGAGGCCUUGCUCCAAAGUCAUCAUCAAAUUUCUGACGGUCAUGAUGAGAAAAGGCUACAUCGGCGAAUUUGAAAUAGUUGACGAUCAUCGCAGCGGCAAGGUCGUCGUGAACCUUAGCGGGAGGUUGAACAAAUGUGGGGUAAUUUCACCCAGAUUCGAUGUCCCAAUCAAUGACAUCGAAAAAUGGACAAACAACCUGUUACCAUCAAGACAGUUCGGAUAUGUAGUUUUAACUACAAGUGGUGGUAUUAUGGAUCAUGAAGAGGCAAGAAGGAAACAUCUUGGAGGAAAAAUACUUGGCUUUUUCUUUUAA